GAGUUCCAGUGACGUAGAGCGCAGUUUGGGAGGAGAGAGAAGUUGCAUGUGGUUCCUGACUUGAGGACGCACUCAGUGAGACACAGACACAGACAGACACGCACAGGCUGGGGUACAGGGCUGGCCAGGCCUCGCGGCAGACAUGGGGAAGAAGCUGAAGGUGGGGAAGACCCGCAAAGAUAAAUUCUACCAUCUGGCCAAGGAGACAGGUUACCGCUCCCGGUCGGCAUUCAAGUUGAUCCAGCUGAACCGCAAGUUCCAGUUCCUGCAGCGUGCCCGCGCUCUCCUGGACCUCUGCGCCGCCCCGGGGGGAUGGCUCCAAGUUGCAGCCAACUUCAUGCCUGUUUCCAGCCUGGUCAUUGGUGUUGAUCUUGUCCCCAUCAAACCGAUUCCCAAUGUUGUGACUCUGCAAGAGGAUAUCACUACAGAAAAAUGUCGCCAGGCCCUGCGGAAGGAACUGCAGACCUGGAAGGUCGACGUGGUGCUGAAUGAUGGGGCUCCUAACGUGGGGGCCAACUGGCUGCACGACGCCUAUUCCCAGGCCCACCUGACCCUGAUGGCUCUGAAACUGGCUUGUGAGUUCCUCAACAAGGGUGGCUACUUUAUCACCAAGGUUUUCCGCUCGAAGGAUUACCAGCCCCUCCUCUGGAUCCUGCAGCAGUUCUUCCGGAAGGUUCAGGCCACGAAGCCCCAGGCCUCCAGGAACGAGUCGGCUGAGAUCUUCGUUGUGUGCCAAGGCUACGUUGCUCCAGAUAAAAUCGACCACAAGUUCUUUGACCCCAAACACGCGUUCAAAGAGGUGGAGGUCCAGGCCAAGACCAUUCGUGACCUGGUGACUGUGAAGAAGCCAAAGGCGGAGGGAUAUGCGGAAGGCGACUAUACCUUAUACCACCGCUUCACGCUGAUGGAGUUCGUCAAGGCCCAGAAUCCAGUCGAUUUCCUGGACAAAGCCAGUGAGAUCACCAUUGAUGAUCCCGAACUGGAGAAGCAUGCAGCCACCACCCAGGAAAUCCUGGAAUGCUGCAAGGACGUCCGUGUGCUCGGUCGCAAGGAGCUGAGGCUGUUGCUGAACUGGAGGACCAAACUGAGACGUCAUCUGGCCAAGAAACUGAAGGAGCAAGCGAAGGAGCUGGGCGAGGAGUUCAGCCUGAGCUCGGAGGACGAGAGCGAAGCGGAGAAGGACGUCCCAGAGCAGCGGGAGCAGGAGGGUGACGAGGGAACGGAGGAUGAGGAGCAAAUGGAGCAACAGUUGACUCUGCUGAAGGCCGAGGAGGUGGCAGAGCUGAAGAGGAAGAAGAAGAAAGUUCUGAAGGAGCGGAGGAAGCAGAGGGAAAGGAUUGAGCUGAAGAUGGACCUACCCGGUGUCUCCAUCGCUGACGACGCUGAGGUCUGCCUCUUCUCCCUGAAAGCCAUCAACCACAAAAAGCUGAAGGAGAUUGAACAGGGUGACAUGAAGAUGGCAGACAAGGCCCUGGAGGAGGGGCUGCUCGACCAGGACGGUAUCAACCUCUCAGACCCGGAGAUGGUGGACAAUGUCUCGUUGGCCAGUGACCUCGACUCGUCUGACUUUGAGGAUGUCAAAGAACGCGAGCAGCAGCUGAACAAGAAAAAGAAGAUGCCACGCAAAAGGCCGCAGGCCCCCCAAGCUGCAGUUGGCCAGGCCCCAGAGCUGGACGAAGAGGAGGGGAACUCUCUGCUAGUGGAGCUGGAAUCUAAGGCCGUUCGACAGGAACGCCAGGCUGACCUGUGGUUUGGGAAGGACAUCUUUGCUGGUCUCGAAACAGACGCUGAUGAGGCCAUCGAGAUUAAACAGACCAAGAAGCUAUACAUGGAGCAAGGCAGGGUCCUGGCCGACGAGGUGGGGAGAGAGGACGAUCAACAGAACAAACCCCACACAGUGGCGGAGGGCGAACAACAGAAAACGGCCAAGGAAGGGCCAACUCAAGGAGAGAAGGAAUCCGAGGAGGACAGUUCCAGUGACGAGAGUGACAUUCGGGCGAUGAAACGGGUAGGAAGCGAAGGAAACAAGCAGACCCUGGAUGAAACCGACACGUUUGAAGUGGUGGAGGUGGAGAAGUCAAUGAAGAGGGCUCAGGUGCUGGACCCUGAAGGACUUGCACUUGGAGCCUCCAUUGCCACCUCAAAAAAAAGAACUCGUGAUUUAAUCGAUGAUUCAUUUAAUAGGUACACCUUCGACGAGGAGCAGGACGAGCUGCCCGAUUGGUUCGUGGAGAACGAGCAGAGGUUCAGGCAGCGGCCCCCCCCCAUUACGGCCUCCCAGAAACAGCAAGGGCUUUCUUGCAGGAAUGACGUCGGGAUAUUUCUGCCCACAAGAGGCCCCAACAGCUUCCCGGAAGCUACAGCGCACGUGCGCGAAUGGGCCUCCGCUCUGACGCUAUCCCCUUCACCAUCGGGGUUGGAGUGUCAAGGCCUGGCCGCCUCGCACGUUACACGGGAAGACGCCUCCCACCUUCCGGGAGGCCUCCACACGGGCAGGUGGGCAUGCACGGGUCGUCACCUGGUGUGGGCGGAGGUCAGGCCCACGUGCGGGCACUUUAACCACCUGCCGAUAGUUGGACGGGAGGUACAAGGGUGCGGUUGGCCGGCCCGGGGUCAGCUGGCGUGUUGCACCCGCAGGGUGUGCGUCCACAGCGAUGACCCGUACCACGAGGAUCGCCGCCGUCACCCUCAGGACGUCUGUUACCAGGAUCAGACUGAUGUCUCAAACAUGGCCGGCUUGGGCCGGGUCAACCUGCCGUCAGUCUAUCAUCAUGGAGACGCACCCCAAACAUCGUAG